AUGGGUGGGGGCACUUUGCUCGUGGGUCACUGGAGUCCAGCAAAAUGGAACAGCGCGCAGCCAACAAAUACUGAAUUUGUCCUCAAGAUUCAUUCAUCAAAUGUGUCUGAUGCAGAGUUAUUUGUGGUGUCGGUGCUGAGAUAUUCCUCGUCUGCAUCGACAUUAAAUCUACUCAUCAUAUCGCCUGCAAUGGCUGGGGAUUUAGCUCUCAGUACCUCACCUGGGAACAAUGAAAUUCAGAGACAUAAAUGUGAAGCCAAGAAAGCGUUAUAUAUUAACCCUUCUCAACCGUAUUUUCCUUUUCACUUGUACCGACAUGAUCAAUUUCAUUUCAUCAAAUACAACAAGAUCGCUACUGAAAAUUUUACAUCUUAUGCUUCCACAGAGACUUCCAUUACUGCGUGCAGAGCAGCAAAGCAUUACAAGCAAUACAGGGGUGGUAUCCUUGAAGCUGGAGGUCUGCAACGGUUCGAGCAGCAGCCGGAAUACACGGAGGUCAACGCACGCGAGGAUGCCAUCCUUGCCUGUAAAAUCAUCAACAAGAAGGGCACGUGCUCCUGGCAGAAGGACAAUAAGCCGGUGGGCAUCUACGAGAAAAAGUACGAGUGGGCGGGCGCGCGCGACCAGGGCGACUGCAGCCUGCUGGUGCGCGCCGCGACGCUCGAGUUCGACGACGGCGAGUGGGAGUGCCAGGUGACGCCGUCCGACUACACGACGCAGGACGCGCUCACCUCCACGCCGGUGCGGCUCGUCGUGCGCGCGGCGCCGCAGGUACCCCGCAUCGAGUACAACUCCAGCCAAGUGCUGCCCGGCCACAACCUGUCGGCCAACGACGGCGACCGCGUCAGCGUCAAGUGCAUCAGCCGCUACGGCAACCCCGCCGCCAACAUCAAGUGGUUCCUGGGUGAGGAGGACGUGACCAGCCAGAGCUCGCUGAGCACGGCCAAGGAGGCGGACAACCCGCGCACGUGGGUGGCGCACAGCGUGCUGCAGCUGCGCGUGGCCCGCGCGCGCCACGGCUCGCCGCUCAAGUGCGUCGCGCUGCACGGCUCCUACAGCAGCGGCUCUGCCGACACCGAGGUGCGCCUCGACGUCAGAUACGCGCCAGAGGUGCGGCUGAGCGGCGUCCCGACCGGCGACGUGGAGGAGGGCGCGUCGCACGUGGAGCUGCGCUGCGAGGCCGACGCCAACCCGGCGGCUCGCGUCGUGUGGCGGCUCGCGGGCGAAGUGGCCAGCGUGGACUCGCGGCUGCGGCUGGCGCCCGCCAUGCGCCGCAACUCCGGCACCUACACCUGCUCCGCGCAGAACUCAGUCGGCACCAGCCGCCGCCUCGCCGUGGACAUCGACGUCAAGUACCCGCCGCAGAUCCUGUCGGUGGGCCCGGACCGGCUGGUGACGGCGGCGCUGUUCUCGCCGGCGCGCUUCUCGUGCGACGCAGAGGGCAACCCGCCCCCGCAGCUGCGCUGGCUGCAGCGCGUGCCCGCCGGCCCGGCCAUCGGGCCAGCAGCAGCCGGAGCGCCGGCCGCCGUGGCGGAGGUGCUGCGCGGCACCGCCGCCGACCUCGACAUCGGCAACGUGACGUACGAGCUGCAGGGCGAAUACGUCUGCCAGGCCGUCAACACCAUUGGCGGCUCCGCGCGCACAGCCACCAGCGAACCCGUCUCCCUGCAGGUCGUGGGAGCGCCGCAGGUGCUGGGCGGUGACGAGGUGGUGGUGUCCCGCGGCGAGGACGCUCUGCUGACGCUGGUGGUGUGCGGAGACCCACGGCCAGACCGCGUCUCCUGGGAGUGGGGCAGCCAGCAGCUCAGGGAGGGCACCUCGCUGGGCCGCUACGAGGCCGACCCUCUCGCCGACGACGUGCGAGAAGACUGCUACGAGGCGCGUCUUCGCGUCCGAGAGGUGUCGCCCGCCGACCAACGCCAGUACUACCUCACGGCCGAGAACGAUCGCGGCAAGGGCCGCCACGCGCUCCACCUGGUCGUCAGGGAGCCGCUGUCUGUGACAACGCUGGUGAGUGUGGCGGCGGGCCUGCUGCUGCUGCUGCUCGUCGUGCUGUUCGCCAUCAUCUUCACCGCCCGGCGCGAAAAGUGCUGUUUCGCCAGACAAGGAAACUUCAGGCCUUCCGAUCUGGAGAGUGAGAAGAGUGACGCAGAAAGCGGCGGCGGUGGAGUCGGCGGCGGCCGCAAGUCGGCGACCAACAACAGCAGCGAUUACAACUCGGCGACGCGGCCGCCGCCCACCAUCACGGGCGGCUCCUCGCCCGACGCCAUGAAGAGGGAGCCUGUGUUUCGAGGGGUGUGGCGACGGGUUGCCAUGUUUGAUGUGCCGCCAAUGGGGUAGUUGCAGAUCCGAUUCCCUUAAUGUUUUGUGGAAGACGGAAUACGGUGAACGAUGUACCUGACUAAUUUAAUAUGGAGGUGGUGAAACUACGAGUGUACAAAUGUAAAACAGAACUUUGUGAAAUUGAUCUGUC